CGUGAGACGCUGCACGCAGCUCUUGGCAAGUGCCGGCUGCGAUACGAUGUAUGACAUAUGGUGGGAUUUCGUGUUCCUGCUCCUGCUGUGUUUAGUGCUUAUAUACUUCCUUCCUUCCUGCUGUAUUGUUUGAACGUCGUUCUUGCUUCUUGCUUUUUCUUCCUCUCUUUCCUCUUUUCUAUUUCCAAUAAAAUUGUGUUCGGAAUUAAAAGAGGAUUCGAAAAUGGUCUACAACCUCCAUUCCCCAUGGCGAAAGUCGGCUAUAAUGCCAAUAUGGAGUUUCCAACUCAUCCUGCUUUCCGUGGACCUCAUUAUUGCAGCUCUCCUCGUUUGCAUCACAAAUAACACGCCGGCUCAGACAGUGAGCAUUGGGGGAAAGAAUGUUACGAUUGAGGCUGGGACGCAGAGUUGGGAUGUGGCAAACCUCGUCCUAGCAGCCAUCGCCCUGCUUUUAACAUGCGCCGAGAUCGUCCUUUACGUCUAUAGUGACCUCUCACCAGCCAUCUUCCUGGGGUCGUCGGCGCUCAAGGCGGGGACUUGGACGGUGGUUUUGGUGCUGGAUAUUCUGGCUGUGAGCUCGAAUUGGGAGAAGGGGCAGUGGAAUAAUUAUAUUAUUUAUGUGGUGGUUGGCUUCGCUGGUGCUGUUUAUUUGAUAUUGAUUGUUGGGGUGAUCUAUGCAGUGGUCGUUUUCUUGAGACAGAGAGGGACGGUGGCAUCUAAUGUGGAGAAGUAUAUGAUGACGACUAGUGAUGCGAGUUUCAGGAAUGGGUAUUGAGGAGUUCGUGCUGGUAUAGAGCAGCAGAAACUCGCCGAUGAGGAAGACUCCUUACCCGAUUCAUCUCACCUCCGACAUGCAAAAGAAGCUCGAAAUUCAAGCAUGGCCGAACG